AAUUAAGAUUUGGUGAUAAUGGUUUCUGCUUAAGCUCUUUCGCUUUCUCUGUUUCAGUUUGGUCUUCAGAUCUUCCAUUUCUUGAGGAGUUAAAGCCACUUGGGUUUUCACGGAUUUGUUCAAAGGAAUCUUCUUUGACGACACUUGGACUUAAAGCAUAGAUCGUGUCUGAAGUUAGUUUGGAGUUUCUUGUUCAAAUGGCUGAUCAUCAAGAGAAGGUUCCAGUCUCUUUGUCUCAAGCCUCGUCAUCAUCGUCUCUGACCCCAACAACAACGCCAAUAGCUGAAGAAUUGUGGUUGUUUGCUGAGGAAAGGGCUCAGGAGAUACUAUUUGCCAUCCAACCUAUGUAUCUUUCAGAAAGAAGUAGGAAUGAGAUCAUCAAUCAUCUCCAGACUCUUAUGUGGGAACGUCUUGGAAUUGAGGUCUUUUUAUUUGGUUCGGUGCCAUUAAAAACCUAUCUCCCAGAUGGAGAUAUUGAUCUGACAGUUCUAACUCCUUAUGGUAUGGAGGAGAACUGCGCUAAAGCAUUGCGUAAUAUACUUGAAGCUGAAAGGGGAGAAUCAGAUUUCCAAGUAACUGAUGUCCAGUAUAUCCAUGCACAGGUCAAGGUCAUAAAGUGCACUAUCAGGAACGUUGCUUUGGAUAUCUCCUUCAAUCAAAUGGCGGGACUAUCCGCUUUAUGUUUUCUGGAGAAGGUUGACCGGGCUUUUGGUAGAGACCAUCUGUUCAAACGUAGCAUCAUUUUGAUUAAGGCCUGGUGUUUUUAUGAAAGCCGUAUUCUCGGUGCCAACAGUGGAUUGAUUUCGACGUAUGCAUUGGCUAUACUCGUUUUGAACAUCGUCAACAUGUCUUAUUCAUCAGUAUCUGGCCCUUUAGCUGUACUGUAUAAGUUCAUGGAUUUCUAUGGAUCAUUUGAUUGGGAGAAUUACUGUAUCACGGUCACUGGUCUGGUCCCGAUAUCAUCUUUUCCAGAUAUUACGGAAACCAGAAAUCAUGAAGUAUUCCUAGAUGAGAAGUUCUUCAGAGAAUGCAUUGAGUCAUAUUCGGGGCCAGCUAAUGUUGUUGAAGCCAACAGGAAAUAUUUUCCUCUAAAACAUUACAACAUACUGGAUCCUCUGAAACACAGCAAUAAUCUUGGACGUAGUGUGUCAGAAGGAAAUGCGAUACGUUUAAGACAUUGUUUUAGAAGGGGAGCUCAGAAGCUCAGAGAUGUGCUUACAUUUCCUGGAGAGACCGUGGGUUGGAAACUGGAGAACUUCUUUGGUAAUUCACUGGACAGGAACGGUAAGGGACAAAGACAAGACGUAGAGGAGCCUGUCAUCCCGUUUGGCACUGGAAAAGCAGAUUACUCUAAUCUUAGAGGAGAUUUUGACGGAUACUUCUUACGUUUUAUAUACGGGAAGUGGUUUCACGGAGAGAGCCUGCAUAACUGGAUCCCUCAGGGUCUAGACAUAAGUUCCUGGGAAACUGUCCGCUGGUUUAUGACACGCCGAAGGAAUGUUUUCAAUUGGAGGAAUCUGGAUGGAGGAUCAACAUCAACAUCAACAUCGAUGCCAAACAAACGGAAAUCAAAAGGAACAGGCACUUACAUUCCUGAAAUGGGUCAACAAUCAUACACCGGUAGGUCCAGUAGCAAACCGAGCACAGUGAAAUCAUUACCUUCAGCAUCUCAGACUCAUAAGUGCAAAAAGAAUCCUCAGACUCAUCGGUGCAAAAAGAAUCCUCAGACUCAAGAGUGCAAAAAGAAUCCUUGAAUUGGUCUCUUAGGCUAAAACCUUUUGCCUAAUAACCUUAGGUUUGUCUC